AUGGCGGACAAAACGCCCACAUAUGCAACAACGAUCCUAUUCAUAUCUAUCUAUCUAUCUAUCUAUCUAUCUAUCUAUGUUGAUAUAUCUAUCCCAGGCUACAAAUUAUCUAUCUAUCUAUCUUUCUAUCUAUCUAUCUAUCUAUCUAUCUAUCUAUCUAUCUAUCUAUCUAUCUAUCUAUCUCCGUUUGUUGUCUAUCUAUCUUCGUCUCUUGCUUAUCUAUCUAUCUAUCUAUCUAUCUAUCUAUCUAUCUAUCUCCGUUUGUUGUCUAUCUAUCUUCGUCUCUUGCUUAUCUAUCUAUCUAUCUAUCUAUCUAUCUAUCUUGCUCAUAAUCUCAGUGUCUUUUCACUGAUUGUUGUACAUACAUACAUAUCUAUCUCAUUCCAUUUUAUAUCUCUUCAUUUCAAUUUGUUUUUAUCUAUCUAUCUAUCUAUCUAUCUAUCUAUCUAUCUAUCUAUCUAUCUAUCUAUCACAUUCUAUUCAUAUCUAUCUAUCUAUCUAUCUAUCUAUCUAUCUAUCUACGCUUUAAUUAAAUACAUCACUUUUAUGCUUCGUCCUUUCGUCAAGUGUCAAAUCCUGAAUCCACUCAUGCACCGUCGAUUACAGACUUUAUUUAAAAGCCAGGCAAAAAGAAAAAAAACAAACUAUAAAUUCACCAUCUAUCGUUAA